AUGAAGAUAUCGGUUCGAGAGGUGUAUCCUACAUACACGUGGCAUUGGCAGCUUCCGACUCCCUCGUCAGACGACGUCUGUGGAAUUUGCAGGGUUUCUUUUGAUGGAACGUGUCCUAAUUGCAUCUACCCCGGGGAUGGAUGUCCUCUAACUGUCGGCACCUGUGUCCACGCUUUCCAUGAGCAUUGCAUUGCCAAGUGGCUCGAUCAGGACGGAAGUAAAGGUCUCUGUCCAAUGUGCAGACAGCAUUUCCAAAGGCAAGAAGAGCCAUAA